CGCUAGGUGUUUGGGAGCCACUGCGGCUGCAGAGUUGAGUCGCCAGUUCUUCUGUGGUCUAUAUGUUCGCUGACCUUGUUGGGAUCGCUUGCUGAGCUCUUUGGCGAGCCAUCUCUGCUUCUGUGUUCUGAUGACUUCUGUUCGGGCUCUACAGGUGAAUGCCAGGGAGAUCUCUCUUGGGCCUCUUCCUGGGGGUUUGUUGGCUGCCAGCUUUGCUGUCUGGUCGGCUUUGGGCCUUGGUCAUGUAACCUGCUAUCUAUGUAUGAUGAGAUCUGAUAGGUCGGAUCAAAGGGAUAAUGUUAGUUCGACUAGUGGACCUCCGAUAUAUGGCCAGCGUCCACCUCCUAUAGAUAGACAAGGCACUCAAUCAAGCACUCAAGCACUCGUGUACUCUAGGCUACGUUAGAUAGAGUAUAUCAACCAUUCGUUUUAAUUGAGUCUUCUACAUAUAGGCCUUGUGCAGUCGGAUGAUCGACUCCGGUUUCCCCUGAACCUCCG